GAAGAGUUUCAGCUCUUCCAUUGAAUUUGUCUGAAUCUGUCGCUAUGAAACUUCACUGGAUGCUGCUGGCCGUGUGCCUCGCCUGUCUGCUGACUGUCGGCUGUGGCUCUGGCACUGCCACCAGCACCACCACCAGCACAGUGGGUGCCACCUCCACCACCAGCGCAACUCCAGCCGGCAGCACCACCGCCGCCAGCACAGCCACCGGCUCCACCACGGCAGCCAGCAGCAGCAGCAGCAGCGACGAAGCCACCACAGUCGCGAGCACCACCAGCAGCAGUAGCAGCAGCAGCAGCAGCAGCAGCAGCUCCUCCAAGAAGAAGAGUGCCGCUGCCAAGCGACGGGCCCGGCGGCUACGUCGUGAGCGCAGAGCUGCCCGCAGGCGGGCUGCCAGAAGGCGCGCUGCCCGCAGGAGGAACAGGGGUUAGACUUGAUUCUCCCUCCCACUCACACUCCCCUCCUUUUUUUUUACCAUCAUUGGCGUAUGUCAAUGGUUUAUAAUACGAUUUGUAUCCUG